AUGGAUGGCAUUCGUUUGGAUAAUCCUUAUCUUGGCAAUGAAGAAGAAAAACGUCGGACACUAUUUCGAAAUAAUGAGAAUGUGAUCUAUCUGGAAAAUGACUCAUGCGAAGUGUUUGAUAUAACAAUCGAUGGAUGUCCAUGUACACCAAAAUUUUGUGGUGGAUUCCAAUAUCCACGGCAGUCUACACAACCAAAGAUGUUAUGGGGUCAAAUUCCAGAAGAUUGUGAUAUUCUGAUCUCUCAUGGAUUACCUGCCGAUAUUUUCGAUACAAAUUCCAGAGGUAAACUGGAAAUGGAAAAUCAAAUUAACAAUGUUUAG